AUGCUCGCCAUAGAAACAGUGACUCUUGCUGCAGGCCAGCGGCUUCCGUUAACUGUCGCCAACACCAAGGACCAUCAUGAUCUUGACUGCUUCAACCAACCAACUAAAGAUUAUGAUACUGAUAUUCUUUAUGACGCCCAGUCUGGACAGGCAGCUCCACGCCCCGUCGUUGCCAUACUGGGUGAUCGCACCGUCCAGCUCACUGUCAGAGUCAGGGUACCUGAAGAACUCCAGCACUGGCCCAUCGUGCUUUCGACAGACCAGAGCCGCAGUACAUAUUAUUCAAGCUGUGACUUUGGGACUGACCCGGAUCCCGACAUUGUUGUAUGCAAUAUGAUGAUGGUGCACAGUGAUGGCCCAGGUGUCUGGAACCCUGGUAGUCUUCUAGGCCCAACUCAGUUCUACGUGUCCUAUGCUCCAGGGGAUAUUAUGGAACCAGUUCUCUAUCGAGAACAACCUGCCAAGGUCCCCAUGGAACUCUAUUUGUUGUCAAAUGAGCUUCCGUCGUAUUUCAGUUCCGGAGUUCCACUUCUACUACUACAGAUGUUCAUGGGUGCGGCAAUGCAGCGAAACAUUACAAAUGUACAACAGUGGAUGGAACUAGUCGUCAAAAUAUGUCACGGCUCUGCCAAGCCCCUCACAGGAGAGCCAGCAAACACACAGGACCAUUGGCUCAAAUACAACACCGGUGGCGGCGCUCCCAGCUUCAUACAGCCCAACAAAAACAACCCAGACCCAAUUCCGGUAUUGAACACGUAUCAAAACUAUGGCGGCUGCUUUCAGCUAUCAGCAUGGCUUGAUGCUUACAGGAACUUCAAGCAGUCCGGAGCUCUCACUCUUGUCAACUGUUACGAUCAAGCAGGUGCUGUAGAACUCGCAGCGUCUCUUGGCGUUGACUAUGACUGCAUCGCUUGGGAGUUUCAUCAAACAUAUGGAUACAUAUCCAAAACAACCGAGCUUGUUGGAUGGGGGCAUUGCAACAAUCCCUUCUUUAACAAAAACCCCAAAAAUAAAGUGCUUGAAGAAAAGGAUCCCGCCCGACAGCCAUUUUCCAACCAUGCAUUUCUGUCAUGGAGCCCAGAGUUCGAUCCAUCCACUGCCUUCUAUCUCGACAAGACUGACCCUUCGACGUAUACUGAUGUCAACAUGCUGGCACUGCAUGCAUGUGCAGGCCCCCAUCUAGGGAAUGAGACUCGAGGAGUGUGGGUGAGCCCAACUUCGUACCCGCCAGGCUAUACAGACAACUCGACGUAUUGGAAAACUCGCGACGACCAGUAUCCUGAUAACGCCUCCACACAUUUCGAGGGUUUGACAGACAGACAUUUCUGGACUCCCGGUAUCACCGGUCUCUCAUCCGACAAAGCGCAGCGGUCGUACGGACCUCUUCCUGCCGAUCCAUUUGCAGGAACUGAAAUAACAUUCCCAACACCUGCUGACUUCCCAGACUCGACCAUGGUACUCGGGGGCAGUGUAUCCAGUCUGCAGAGUUUCUUCACACAAGCCCUGAUGCAAGACAAGCCCGAUACUAGCGACUGGAAGUCAGUGCCCAUUGCAGAUAUCCUGCUUCGCAAUAAUGCUGGUGUUGUACGAGAGACAAAGCUGUUCGACCCCAAACAACCUGCAUUCGACUAUGCUUCCCUUAAGAUUUCUGUUAUGCCGAGUCUCUCUGCUGCCCUUGAUCUUCAGAGAGCUCGGGCUACACAGGUCAUUAUAACAAGCACUAUGAGUGCGAGCGACUUUACGCCAAGCCUAAGCUCGCAGGCUUCUACCAGAAGGAUCCAUAUACUGCAGGCGGAUUAUACUAGUAUACUGGUGUGCCUUAACCUCGUGGUCGAGAUCAGUGGUUAUAUAAGCAAGGAAAUAGUGCAAGGGCUGACUAGCUCGGUGGCGCAACAGCUUGAAGGUUUUCCAAGUGAGCCCAGUAGCCAGUGGCAGCAAAUCUUACAGUAA